CUAACGUUAAGUUCCAUUAAGUCACAACUGUGCAAUAAAGCUUCGUUAACUUGUGCUUCUGUGUUCGUUGAAAACAAGAGAAGAACAGUAACCAUCGAGCGAUGCAUCUUCGGUGAUUUUAAUUAAACAACAUCGUAUUUAUAGGAAUGUCGGGUGCCGCAGCCAGCAGUGCAGGCUCUGGCACGGCCACCACUCUCGGAGGACUUGGCGGCUCACUUGAGGAUAAGGACUGUGAGCUCCUGUGCCCGGUGUGCUUCGAGCUGAUCGACGAGGCCUAUGUGACGCGCUGCGGCCACUCGUUCUGCUACGCGUGCAUCAGCCGCGCGCUCGACCUGCACCGGCGCUGUCCCAAGUGCGGAGCGCCCCUGCUCACCAGAGAACACAUCUUCCCCAACUUCCUGCUCAAUGAACUCGUGACGAAGCGCCGGCUCCGGUCGAGGGCGUCGUCCCGGUCGGGCCCGGCCGGCGAGGGAGCCCGGCUGCGCUCGCUGCUCGCCGCGGAGUCGCGACACCUCGACCUCACCGAGGUGGAUUCCAUGUUGGAACUGCUCAACAGACGGAAGAGACUGCUGGAGGCGGAGUGCGCGGCGGCGCAGCACCGGCUACUGUACGAGUUCCUGGCGCACCUGCACCGCCACCGCACCCACCAGCUGCAGCAGCUCGCCAGGGAGGCCGCCCUCGUGCACAAGGACAUGGAGUACGUCGCCGGAGUGCUGAAGGAACUCCGCACGGGUGCAGUGGGGAUAGCGCGCGGGGCCUCGCCCCCCGGCGGCGCGGACCCCCGCCCAGACGCCGUCACUGCGCUCAGGAAAGAGAUCGCCGAUAUAGCCGGGAACCUCGCAGACACGGCCAGCAAUGUUGACGGUAGCGCGGGCGCGGUGUGCUCGGAGGAGGAGAGCUUCGCGGGCGGCGCGGGGGGCGGGGGGGACGCCCUGGCCGCGCGCUGGAGGAAGCUCACGCAACACUUCGACGACUUCGUGCAGUGUUACUUCGCGCACCGCGCUGACGAGCUGUACUUCCCGGGGUCGGGGUCGCUGACCCCCGCGUCCCCCGCCGUCCCCGCCUACCCCGCACCCCCCACCGUGACCCCCGUGCCCUCCUCGGCGGCCCCGUACACGUGCGAGGCGGACCACGUGCCGCAGGGUCCGGUGUGCGACCCGCAACCAACUCCUGCACCGGGUCCGUCGGACCAGCGGGCGCCGGUGGCGGGCGUGGCGGUCGAGGACUCCGUGGAGAUGGAGGAGGCCGGCUCCACUCGAGCCCGCGCCGGACUCGACGCCUUCCGGGACGACCUGGUCGCUUUCACCGCCUACAGGACGCUACGGCCGCUGGCCACGCUGUCGUACUGCAGCGACGCCAUCAACUACUCCACGAUCGUGUCCACCAUCGAGUUCGACAAGGACGAGGAGUUCUUCGCGAUCGCCGGCGUCACCAAGAGGAUCAAGGUGUUCGAGUUCGAGUCGGUGGUGCGCGACGCGGUGGACGUGCACUACCCGUGCGCAGAGAUGCAGUGCUCGCACAAGAUCUCGUGCGUGUCGUGGAACAAGUACCACAAGCACGUGCUGGCGUCGUCGGACUACGAGGGCACGGUGUCGGUGUGGGACGCGGGCACGGCGGUGCGCACGCGCGCGCUGCAGGAGCACGACAAGCGCGCCUGGUCCGUGCACUUCAACCGCGCCGACGUGCGCCUGCUGGCCUCGGGCUCCGACGACGCGCGCGUCAAGCUGUGGGCGCUCAACCAGGAGAAGUCCGUCGCCACGCUCGAGGCCAAGUUCAACGUGUGCUGCGUGCGCUUCAACCCCAACUCGUCCUGCCACCUGGCCUUCGGCUCCGCAGACCACUGCGUGCACUACUACGACCUGCGCUCGCCGCGCGCGCCGCUGGCCGUGUUCCGGGACCACCGCAAGGCGGUCUCGUACGUGAAGUUCCUGGACGGCGGCACGCUGGUGUCCGCCUCCACGGACUCGCAGCUCAAGCUGUGGCGCGUGGAGUCCCCGCGCUGCGUGCGCUCCUUCACCGGACACACCAACGAGAAGAACUUUGUGGGGCUGGCCACCGACGGCCGCUACGUGGCGUGCGGCUCGGAGAACAACGCGCUCUACGUGUACCACAGCGGCCUGGCGCGCCCCUGCCUCGCCUACAGGUUCGACCCCGCGCGCCCCCUCCUCGAGCGCGACCGCCGCGACGAGGAGCCCGCAGAGUUCGUCUCCGCCGUCUGCUGGAGGAGGGCGGCCUCCCGCCCCGCCCUCCUCGCCGCCAACAGCCACGGCACCAUCAAGGUCCUCGAGCUCGUCUGACAACCCCUCCCCCCAACCCCCUCCUACCUGCGGGAGAGAGCCCACACCGGAGAAAAAACCCUGAAAACUAUUUACAUUAAUUUUUUACAAUCCGUAUUAUUCACAAAUUAGUUUACAAUCCGGGAUUGUAUUGAACCGGGAAUCUGCAAUCUUCGUUAACAGGCGGAAAUGAUAAAAUGUAGUUAUUCUCAAGUAAGAUUAUUUAAAGUAAAAUCGAAUACACAUUCAAGAUAUAAUGCACCGUGUGCUCAUAGAUGUAAAGAGUAAAAUUGUGCACGGGUCAGUUCCCUCGGCAGCCCUCCCUCCCGCACCCCCGCUCCCGCCCCGCGCGCGACAGAGACACCCAACAGUUAGUUUAUGAAGUUUUAAUUUUAAUGAAAAUUAUAGAUGUUAAUCAGUGAAGUCGUUUUGUAUUUGUGUGUGUGUAUGUAAACAUGAGCCCUAUGUGAACGGAAUAAAGUUGAUUAUUCAGUGUUA